AAUAGCUGGUAGAGACAGACCAAGAAGCGCAUGAGCCAAAGAUCAAUUGAAAGCCAAGAUGAACUUAUCGAGGACAUUAGGAAUUGAAUGUUUAACUAUACAUUCAGUGUAUAUAGGAGUAUUAGUGUUGACGCUUAUGCAACUAGUGACUGCAGAGGAUUAUUAUGAACUGCUAGGAAUAGACAAAAGUGCCAAUAAUAGAGAAAUUAGAAAAGCUUUCAAAAAAUUAGCGCUAUCGGAGCAUCCAGAUAAAAAUCAGGAUGACCCAAAAGCUCAUGAAAAAUUUGUGAGAAUAACUACGGCGUAUGAUGUACUGAAGGAUGAAGAACUCAGGAAGAAAUAUGACAUGUAUGGAGAGGAGGGUCUCAAAGAUGAUCACAAUCAACAACAUGGCUAUAGGAGCUGGAACUUCUAUGAUCAAGAAUUUGGUAUUUAUGAUGAUGACCCAGAGGUGAUAACACUCAGUAAAACAGACUUUGAGCAAUCGGUAGAAGGCACGGAUGAUAUCUGGUUUAUCAACUACUAUUCUCCUCAGUGUUCCCAUUGCCAUGAGCUUGCUCCUAGUUGGCGAGAACUUGCUCGUGAGCUUGAAGGUGUGAUCCGUAUUGGGGCAGUGAACUGUGAAGAUGACUGGUAUCUCUGUAGACAACAGGGGAUUAGGUCAUACCCCUCUCUUCUCAUGUACCCACAGAAAGAGAAAUACUAUGGGGAAAGGUCUCGCUCAGAGCUGCUUAAGUAUGCCCUGAAGCAGGUACGAGCCCAGGUGUUUGAGCUGUGGUCAGGCAAUUACAAGUCUCAUAUGGAGGACGAAGAGAAGUCCUCAAGGCCAUGGCUUAUCUCAUUCUGUGGAGAUGGUGGAGACUGUCUUGAGAAACAAACAACUUUGAAGCUUGCAGCCAUGUUGAGCUCAUUGGUAAAUGUUGGAACAUUAGACUGCAAUGUUCAAGAGAAACUAUGCAGCAAGCUGGGAGUGGAAUAUGGGACUUACUUCUUCCAACCAAAUGAAGUGAAAAAAUCAAAAGGAAAGGUUAUCAACAGUUUAGAUGCCAAGGAGAUCGCAUAUACUGUACUAGAACAAUUACCAGAUAUGAAGAAUCUCAAACCUGAGGAGUUCAAGGAAUCUCUAGCUAACUUAAAAGAAAACACUGAUACAGCGUGGAUGAUACACUUCACUGAAGAUGAUGAGCUCCAUGAUCUUGAAUUGAGGAAACUACCCAUGUUGCUGGAAGGUCUUAAUGUUGGGCGUGUGAACUGUAGGUACAUGCGUACUGAAUGUAAUGAUCUACACAUCCAUAAGUUCCCAACCUUUGUUGUAUUCAAGCAAGGUGGUGGCCAUGAAAUACACCAUGGUAGAGAGACUGCACAUGAUAUAGCUGCCUUUGCCAGAGACAGCAGUGUGACUCCUGUACGAGUCCUCGGCCCAUCUGACUUCCCAGCUCCUGUAGUGAAUAGUAGAGAGACUGCACAUGAUAUAGCUGCCUUUGCCAGAGACAGCAGUGUUACUCCUGUACGAGUCCUCGGCCCAUCUGACUUCCCAGCUCCUGUAGUGAACAGUAAAGACCCCUGGUUCGUCGACUUUUAUGCACCGUGGUGUCCUCCUUGUAUGAGACUUCUCCCAGAAUUCAGGAAAACAUCAAAGCAUUUUGAUGAUGUUAGUUUUGGAACUGUUGACUGUACAGUUCACCAGGGGCUUUGUAAUAAAUACAACAUCAGGUCCUACCCAACUACAAUUCUGUUCAACCAGAGUGUACCACAUCAGUAUCAUGGUCAUCACAGUGUCAAUGGAAUCAAGGAGUUUAUUGAGGAUACCCUGAAACCCCCUGUGAUCACCAUGACUCCAGAAUUAUGGGAGACAACAGUUGCAAAAAUGGGCAAAGAAGAGAUCUGGUUGAUUGACUUUUAUGCCCCCUGGUGUGGACCUUGCCAGCAACUAGCUCCAGAGUGGAGCCGGCUUUCUAAAAUGUUUGAUGAUAAUCCUAAAAUUCAUGUCGCAAAAGUUGAUUGCCCGGCCAAUCAGCAAUUCUGCAGUCGUCAAAGUGUCAACUCAUAUCCUUCAAUAAGACUAUAUACAUCACCACGUAAAUUUGUGAAAUACAGUGGCUGGCACCGUGAUUCCCAGUCACUAAGGGCUUGGGUGUAUGAAUACAUGCCGAGCAAAGUAGCGACUUUGAACUGGCAGAAAUUCUCCAAUGAUAUUCUAGAAUCACGGGAUCCAUGGGUGGUGGAUUUCUAUGCCCCCUGGUGUGGACAUUGUCAGGUGUUUGCUCCAGAAUUUGAGAGAGUUGCGGAAUCCCUUGAUGGCAAAGUGCAUGCUGGGAAGGUGAACUGUGAUGCUGAACAGUGGCUUUGCCAGCAGGCAGGCAUAGGGGCCUACCCUAGUGUCAGAUAUUAUCCUGGGAGUAUGAGAGAAGGCUGGCAACAGGACAUGUAUGGUGAAGACAUCAACAGUCAAGAUGGCAACUAUAUCAUCAAAUUACUCAAAUCAAAAUGGAAACAGAGUCAGAGCCAAAGAGAUGAACUGUAAUAGAGACAACAAUCUGCUGAGAAUGAUGUGUAAAGAAGAGGAACUCACAUGCAGUCAACACCCAUAAUUCCAUGGAACAUCAGAGACUUCAUUCCUAAUGGAGAGUUAUGUAAUUGGAAUUGAGCAUAAUAUUAAGAGUGUCAUCACAGACUAGUCUUGCAUUAAAUUUCUCUCCCUCUUCAUUAUUAACUGAUGUGUUUGAGACAUGAGAUGGGUAAACAGGGGUUUGAUGCCAGACUAGCUAUAUACAGCCACAUAUUUAUGGGCAGAUUGCAAUUCAACAAAGUCAAUUGAAUUCCAUCCAUGAAACCAUAUAGAAAAUGCUAACCUUCACUGUGCCAAAAAUGUAAUGUUGGCAAUAAGUG